GCAGGCUAUGUGCUUAGCAUGUGUCAAGUUCUGGGUUUGACCCCAGCACACACACAAAAUGGCUACUAGAGAAUUUAAGCUUAUACAUACAGCUCUCACGUGUAACCUAUUUCUGAUGGGAAGGAGGCCACACCAGGCCUUCUGGGAGCUAAUAGGUGAGCAAGUGGAGUUGGAGGAAAGGCAGGCUCUAGGGAAACUAACUUUCAUCGAGCAGAUGGGCACUUUGCCCUGUGAAUGCCAUGGAGAGGAGGCCUGUGGUGUGCAGCAUGUCUCCAGUGGGAUCUCUGCCAUCCAUUUGGUGUGCUGGCCUGUACCUGUAGUCCAGCUACCCAGGAGGCUUCGAGGAAGAUCACUUGAGCAAAACCCCCAUCUCAGAAGGAGGACGAGGCUUGCUCUCCCACAGUCUUCCACAGUUUAGACUUGUUGCUUCUCUCAGCCCUUCUAGAAUUUUCUCCUAAUUUUAUAGUAUUCCUUUUUCUCAUAGAUUUGACAUCUUCCUAGCAAAAGCACCUUAUAUUAAGUUAGAGAGUUUUUUGAAUUCUAUUUUUUCAAAUACUUUAAAGCAUUUGUUUAUUUUGCUGCACAUAGAAGUCAGAGGACAGCAGGAAGGAGCCUUCUGCCAUGGAGGACUUCGAGAUUGAAUUCACAUGGUCAAGCUGGUCAGCAGUUGUCAUGGAUGAUGAUGACGACUCGUGUCUCCUUGAUCUUAUUGGAGACCCACAAGCAUUGAACUAUUUUCUGCACGGACCUAGUAAUAAGUCGAGCAGCGAUGACCUGACCAGUGCAGGAUACUCUGCAGCCAAUUCAAAUUCGAUCUUCGCCAACUCCACGAACGCUGACCCUAAAUCGUCCCUCAAAGGUGUAAAUAGCCAGCUUGGAGAAGGGCCCAGUGAUGGACUGCCACUUUCAAGUAGUCUUCAGUUUCUUGAAGAUGAACUUGAGUCUUCUCCUCUUCCUGAUCUCGGCGAGGACCAACCCUUUGAUAUUCUUCAGAAAUCCUUGCAGGAGGCCAAUAUCACUGAGCAGACGUUGGCCCAAGAGGCGUACCUGGAUGCCAGUAUAGGCUCAAGUCCACAGUUUGCACAAGCUCAGCUCCAUCCCUCUUCAUCAGCAUCCUUUACUCAGGCUUCUACUGUUUCUAAUUACUCAGGUCAGACACUGCAGCCUAUCGGGGUGACUCACGUGCCUGUUGGAGCAUCGUUUGCAAGCAAUACAGUGGGUGUGCAACAUGGCUUUAUGCAGCACGUGGGGAUCAGUGUUCCCAGCCAGCAUUUGCCUAACAGCAGCCAGAUUAGUGGCUCUGGGCAGAUACAGUUAAUCGGGUCAUUUGGUAGUCAGCCUUCCAUGAUGACUAUUAAUAACCUAGAUGGCUCGCAAAUCAUAUUAAAAGGUAGUGGGCAGCAAACCCCAACCAAUGUGAGUGGAGGGCUCCUGGUCCACAGACAGACUCCUAAUGGCAACUCGUUGUUCGGGAACUCCACCUCCAGUCCGGUAGCACAGCCUGUCACCGUUCCAUUCAACAGCACAAAUUUUCAGGCGUCUUUACCUGUGCAUAACAUCAUUAUUCAAAGGGGUCUCGCACCAAAUUCAAAUAAAGUCCCAAUUAAUAUCCAGCCAAAGCCGAUCCAGAUGGGUCAGCAGAGUACGUACAAUGUGAACAGCCUGGGGAUCCAGCAGCACCAUGUACAGCAGGGGAUCUCCUUCGCCUCCGCAAGCUCCCCCCAGGGCUCCGUGGUUGGUCCACACAUGUCUGUGAACAUUGUCAACCAACAGAACGCCGCGAGAAAGCCUGUCACCUCCCAGGCCGUGAGCAGUACAGGGGGCAGCAUUGUCAUUCAUUCCCCCAUGGGCCAGCCUCACACCCCCCAAAGUCAGUUCCUUAUACCUACCAGCCUUUCCGUCAGCUCCAACUCGGUACACCACGUCCAGACCAUAAAUGGGCAGCUGCUUCAGACUCAGCCCUCGCAGCUCAUCUCUGGCCAAGCGGCCUCAGAGCAUGUCAUGUUGAAUAGGAAUUCUUCUAACAUGCUCAGGACCAACCAACCCUACUCUGGACAGAUGCUUAACAACCAGAACACCGCUGUCCAGCUAGUGUCUGGGCAGACUUUUGCCACCUCUGGAAGUCCAGUGAUCGUCAACCAUGCCUCUCCUCAGAUGGUUGGAGGACAGAUGCCCUUGCAGCGGGCAUCGCCGACAGUAUUACAUCUGUCACCGGGGCAGAGCAGCGCUUCCCAAGGAAGACCAGGCUUUACCGCCAUGUCCUCGGUGACCAGCAUGUCAGGACCCACGCGGUUCCCUGCUGUUAGCUCGGCCAGCACUGCUCAUGCCAGUCUUGGGUCCACAGUGCAGUCUGGGGCAUCGGGAUCAAACUUCACGGGAGACCAGCUGCCACAACCAAACAGGACUCCGGUCCCGGUCAGCGCGCCCCAUCGUCUUCCAGUCUCUUCUUCCAAACCUACCAGCACUUUCAGCCACACCCCGGGAACGCAGCAACAGUUCUUCUGUCAGGCUCAGAAAAAGUGUUUGAACCAGACCUCCCCCAUCCCCUCGUCCAAGAGCACAGACAGCCUGAGGCCGCCACAGAUCCCUGGACUCGUGAGCACAGCACUGCCAGGACAGGAUUCUGGAAGCAAAGUUAUGCCAGCAUCCUUGGGGACCGCACAGCCACAGCAGGAAAACUCAGUUGGAUCCUCCCCUAGCCAGACAACUGUGCAGGUGGACGGUCAUUCGGGACAGAAAAGGCCUGCCGCCAAACAGCUGACUAAAGGAGCUUUCAUCCUGCAGCAGCUACAGAGGGACCAAGCCCACGCUGUGACACCUGACAAAAGCCAGUUCCAGUCACGGAGCGACACAGUGCAGAGACUGCUGUCCUACCACGUGUGCCAGGGCUCCACGCCCACGGAGGAAGACCUGAGGAAAGUGGACAAUGAAUUUGAAGAAGUCGCCACUCAACUCCUCAAAAGGACCCAAGCGAUGCUGAACAAAUACAGAUUCCUGCUCCUAGAAGAUGCCAUGAGGAUCAACCCCUCUGCUGAGAUGGUGAUGAUUGACAGGAUGUUCAACCAGGAGGAAAGAGCUUCCCUGUCUCGGGACAAGCGGCUGGCGCUCGUGGAUCCUGAGGGUUUUCAGGCCGAUUUCUGCUGUUCCUUCAAACUUGACGAGGCUGCCCCCGAGACACCACUGGACAGGAGUGACCAGCAUCGCAGCAGAACCAGCUCGCUGCAUCAGGGGCCCAGGGCCCAAAGCAGAGACCGAGCCAAGCCGGGCAUGGCAGAAGCCGCGAAUCAUGACCAGUUUCAUCUAGUGCCUAACCACGCCGUGGUCUCUGCAGAGGGAACCAUUGCUAAAAAGUCGGAAGGCCACGGGAGAACACUGAAAUAUGACAAAGGGGGCUUAGGCCAGUACCGGGGCGCACCUGAGGACAAGGGCAGCCGGAGGGACCCCGCCAAGGCCAGCGGGUGCUCUCCAGGCCCCGAGGGCCACCGCAAGACUAUGCCCAGGCCGGACCAUGGCUCCGAGAGCAAGCUCCCGGGCACGCUGGCCAGCUCGCACCUGGAGAUGCCGUGCCUCGACUCCUUCCAGGACAAAGCCCUGAGGAAUUCCCCAAAGAAUGAGGUUUUACACACAGACAUCAUGAAAGGGUCGGGUGAGCCCCAGCCGGAUCUCCAGCUCACCAAGAGCCUGGAGAAAACCUUUAAGAACAUUCUGGAACUCAAGAAGGCGGGGCGGCCGCAGAGCGACCCCGCGGCCAGCGGCGCCGUGGACCUUGACUUCCCCAGCUUUUCUCCAAUGGCUUCGCAGGAAAACUGCCUGGAAAAGUUCAUCCCGGACCACAGUGAAGGCGUUGUAGAAACGGACUCGAUUUUAGAAGCCGCUGUAAAUAGUAUCCUUGAGUGUUAGUAGCAGCCGCCCUCCCCAGACCCCGCCCCGGACCAGUUACAUUCUCUCCCAGCAAAGCAAAUGGAAACGUCUCCUGUCUCCAGCCUGCUUGGUCCUCCAUCACAGGCUAUCCUUUCUAAUCUCGACCCUGUUCUUUUGAAGAGCAAUACACGUCGUCGUGGCUGCAGGGAGACCCUCAGUAAACCCAUCUCUCUCGAAGGCAGCCCGAUAGGCCCCACACAUUUCAAGUGUGACGAAAGUGCUUAUGGCCAUUGUUGUCGUUCGUUUCCUUGUUUUGUGGUUUGUUGGUUUUUUAGCACUGUCACUCGAUGAGACCACAGUACACUUGGCCCUGGGUAAAAUUUUGACAAUCAUAAGUCAUUUCAAAAGAACAGACUUAUUAAAGAAAAAUCAAACAGGACUGAUAGAAGCUACUUUUUUAAAGAAUUUCUCACUGCAGCUCUAAUCUAGUGGUUUUGUUUUUGUUUGGGGAAAAGGGUAUUUGUGAAGGGAAGUCCGCAUGACUCCUCCAUGCUCUCUGAGCAGUGGGGGCCAGUUGCUCUGCCUGGAACCCCACGGCCCUGGCCAGCUAAGAGGGCUGUAGCAUAGACGCAGAGCAUUUGUAGCCCUGGCUCUUGAACAUCCGAGUGUUUACUGAUGCUGCUGAAGCAAAACUACCCUUGUCUUCAGCACAUCCAUGUUGACUUCCGUCUGAGAAAGAUCUGUUCUUAGCCCAGGUAUACAAGCUCUGCCGAGCUCAAGGGGGAACAGUGGGAACCAGUUCAAAGGUAGCAGCGAGCAGGCUGGGGAGGCUGCUGGAGCCGCCAGGGUCGCAGUGCAUGUAACUUGAAAGAGUUUGCAUUUUAUAAUCGGGUGAAGUCAGCAUACCUUGUGUCUUUGUUGCUGAAUUCUGUUUCGUUAACCUCUUUACGUCCUCGCCCUCAGCAAAUAGCCAAGCCUCAGGAGUGCUGGCACCCAGAACUGUCUUCUGUUUUUUCAGUUUAAACUUUGGAAGGGGUCUCUGGCCUUCUUUGUGCUUCCUGUUUCUGAGAACAGUAGUCAGCACUGGCAUUGGUCAUUCCCGACACAGUAAACCAAGGGCAACAGCUGGCAUGUCACCACGGAAAGAGAGGACCGACCCCCACGUGGGUGGCCCACGUUCACGGUAGCCAGCCUUCCCAUUUCCCCUCGUGGGCCUGUCCCAGGGCAUGAUGUUUCUGUUACGGCUUUCAUUCUCCACGUCAUAACCAUUGCAGGGAAAGUCAGGUCCCGGGCCGUGUUUCCACACGCUGCUCCUGCCACAGCACACCUGUCUCACCCUCUGUUCAUCCCCCAGCUCUGUAAAGGCACCCAUUGAUCUCCACAUUACUAGAUCCCCAAAUGGAGUUGUUCCCGUGGUCAUCAUGUUGAGUGUUUCUCUUCCAGACUGGCCUGCAGUGGAAAGGAAGGGUUUUGAUUUUUUCAAACAACACAGCAACAGUCUAGGCAUGUUGGCACACACCUGUAAUCCCAGCAGUCAGGUGGCCGAAGCAGGAGAGUCACAAGUUCAAGGCCAGCUUGGUCUACAUAACACACCCCUGUCUUUAAAACAAAAGAAAAGAAAUUGAGCAACAGCAGACUGUAUGUUCCCUCUUUACCCCACUGUCCACUACAUCAAGAAGCCCUGUGAGACAGCCAGUCUUCCAGAGAGCCUUGCACCCUCUCCCAGCCCAUAGCCCAGCCCGUCAAACUAGGAGAGCCUGGCUAUCUUAGAGUUACCCUUUUUUCCUAUUUGUGCCAAUGUCCAAGAUGCUGACUUCCCGCCUGUAUUAUAACACAUUAGAAAGAUGAGUUGUUUGCCAGUUAGAAUUCUCUGUUUGGGCCACCCUGGGUUAACAGCCUGCCCUGAUCCCUCUGAUGUCACAGGCUCUUCUCAUAGCCUCCUGGUUGCCUAAUUCAAGAUGGCCCCUGGACGCCUGCCUGCCCAUGGCUACUAAUGAAUUACAUGAAUUAUUGCAAAUCAGUGGAUCUUGAGACAAGAAAAGUCUCGUGUGUAUUUGUUACCUCCUUCCUCCUCCUCCAACCCCUCCUACCCCAACCCUAGCUUUCCUAUUUGUCAAAGUACAGGGCUUCUAAGCCCUAACAUUGGUCCCACAGUGGAAAGCCUAACGUACCAAAAUGAAACUUGUAAAUUUUUGUGUCCUUGUAUGUAAGUUUACUUUUUAUGGAGGAAAGACUCUGGAUAAUGACAAAUGAAGAUUACAAAAUGUAUUUUACCCCUGUGAUUAGGUUACACCACGCGGGUCCUAACUCAUGGACGAGCGCCCUCUGGCGAAGGGAAGCACCUGCCCCAGUGGCCAGCAUUUGGUGUUUAGGUUCAUUAGUCAGUUGAGUCCUUGUGCUCAGUAACACAAAUCACUUUUUCUUUUCUUUGUUUUUAAUCUGUUUGUCGUUGUGGGAAAGUAUGGAUUUGUUAUUACGCAUUGAUUUUCUGUGUCCUUAAGUACUGCCUAAAGAUGAAGCGAAUUUUGAACUGGCAAUUACGAAAAGGAAAUCCUUUAGCUCUGGAGAAUUUAGUCGACUCUGUUAGAUUAGGGAGGCCUCACAGGCUGGCCGGCGCAGAGGACGGUCACUCACUGUCAGUGUGGUGUGGGCUUUAUUCGCUUAAAUACUUCAUUUGUAUAGUAUGUCUCACUUGAAAUUGCUUUGUAUACAUUUUGUAAAAAUAUUUAUAAAAUGUUUUGUAAAAAAAAAAAAAAAAGUAUAACAAAUUGCAGUUUAUUUUGUUAUGUUGGAUAAAUACUGUUAAACCAGUCAGUACCUAUAUUGUUAAUCCAUGGUUAGGAAAUGUUCAGUUGGAGAUUACAAAAUGAAACAACCAUCGCAAUACAGCCAAAGAUCUGGGAAACUG